AUGUGCGACCCACUAUCACAUUUAAAAACGUGGGUGAGGGCGGGAUCUACCAAUCGUGAUGUCACAGAUGUGGGCGGGGACAACACCUUUUCUUCAGAGACGUUUGCUUUGGGAGUCUGUGUUGUUAACAGCCUGCUUGCAGCAGUCAAAACUCGACUGAAAUAUCUCAAAUGCAUGGCCAUCCCCUCUCUGAUCCUUGCUGCAAAGAUCAACGAGGAAGAUGAGGUGAUCGCAUCGGUUAAAGACUUGCUGGAGCAAAGCAGAUGCAAGUUCUCAACAGCUGAGAUUCUUCGCAUGAAGCGAGUCAUGAUGAACAAGCUGCACUGGGACCUUUACAUCGCCACACCAAUGGACUUCAAUCACAUUGUGAGUAAUCAGAAAUCAUACAACCCUUUUAAUGUGUCUGUUGCAAACAUUAGCAACAUUUGGUCCUUGACGGGAAUGUGGAUAUCUGCAGCGGCAUGGCGAUCACCCGCAUGA